AUGUGAUCGAUCUGUAUAUCUGGGUAUAUACUCUAACUAUACUCUAACUAUACUAUCUCCGUAUGCAUAAUAUAUAUGCAGUGUACCUAUACUGAGACACCAACGACCAUCUAUAACGUCAACAGCUCCAGUUUGUUUCCAUUACAGCACCCACCACCUACCACCUAUCAACCCUCAUACCAAGCUCCCCCCACAAACAUCACCAAAUACCAUCCGAUCUACCACUCCCUACACAACUCUCGACAACUGUACAUACUCCCAGAAUCUGCCUAACAUCAAGCCAGACCUUCAUAUACUUCCUCUGCACAAACAGACCUCAUCACAACCCACGGCAUCCCCAGUGUCGACACCCAGACCACGGUCCACGCUCAUGGCCCGCUUAAUCUAAGCUCCAGCGUGCCUGCAAUCUCCCUCACAAACCACGACAAACACCUCCCAUCGCGGCAUCCUCACACCACAAUCACCCAAACUCCUUCACGCCUCCCCAGCGAGCGACCAUGGCGACAAAGGAAACCGAUCCCAGCGGAGAUGUCUCCCUCCUCUCCUCCUCGCCCUCACCGCUGCUCUCCCCAACCGGCGCUUCAUCCUUCUCCCCCCCCUCACACAACUACAACUCAACCCCCUCCACCUCCACCACCUCCUCCACGCGCUCCGCCUCUGUCGGCCCCUCUCCAACUACCACCGACUCCUCGCGGAAAUCCAUGCCCAUCUACCCCUCCCGCUCCUCCUCCGCCUCCUACACCUCCCGCCAAUCCAUGGGCGGUCUCGAGCGCCCCAAACGGCGGGGUUACGUGCGCCCCCAGGGCACCAACUUCGCCGCCUCCGCCCAGUCGCGCGAGAGCGUCAUGAACCUCGGCAGCAUAGCACAUCUGCAAUACUACUUCGCGCGCACCGGCCUCCUCGACGGCAAAGGCGGCCAGCUAGCCAAAAAGAAAGACCCCAACGGCCUGGACCUCUCCUCUCUCGAAGGCGGCCUCCUCUCCCCCGGCCGAAGAACAAGCCACCACUCCGACAAGGACGACUCCUACUCCUCCAUGCGCAGCAGUCCCGACCUUACACCCCGCCGCAGACACAGCGGUCUCGGCUCCCCCGGCGGCCCCAUCUCCGCCGAGCCAGACUCCUACGACUACGAGUCGGAAUACGACUCCGACGCCUCGCAUGCCGAGAUGCUACCCCCCACUGUCUCAACCUACAACCACCGCACCAAACCCGUCCCCCGCCCCCCCACCCUCGCCGAGCUGAAAUCAGACCUCGAAUCCUCCCUCCGCGCCGCCACGCAAGCCUUGGCCGAAGCCACAUCCCCCCCGUCCCCCUCCGGCACCACCCCCGCCAAAAAAAUCCCCCACCUUCGCACACCCUCCUCCCUUUCCCUCUCGGGAUCCCGUCGGCGCUCCGAAUCAGACGCAACAGCCCUCCUCAUCACCACCCCCGCCCCAACCUCCAACCCUUCAAACUCUAACCCCGCCGACCCAACAACCCCCACAACCCGCGACCCAGACCCAAACCAAGGCUGGCACGAGCUCCAAGGCCUCCACAUCCUCGACAUCCUCACCCUCGCCAUCCGCGCCGCGCGCCGCUACUACACCUCCCACGCACACCCCAGUCGCCUCUCCUCCAUCCGCUCGGAGCGCCGUAUCCGCGCUGACUUGCUAGGCGUAAUGGACGUACUCCGGCGCAUGGCGACGAGGAAUUUCGCGCAUGGUCUGCGAGAUGAGGAGGCGCGGACGAUGAGAGAUUGGGUGGAGGGGGUGUGGGAUAUGCUCGCUAGGGAGGAGGCGAUUGAGCGCGAGGAGAUGGAGGAGAGGAGGGCGUGGACGUGGUUGGAUGAUCGGUUGUGGGCGGGGGAGGGGAAGUUGGAUGUUGUGAGGGAGAUUGCUUUCUUGCGCGCCAUGGCACCUGCUGUGAUCUUGCCGGAUUUCGCGCCGUCGGAGUUUCCGGGAGAGGGAGGGGGAGAGGUGAAAUUAGGACCUUUCUGGGAGGAGCUGAGAACGGGAAAGGUGUUGGUGGAAUUACAUAAUGCGGUUGUAUCACGCUCGAAGCGCCCGUUUGGAGCGAUCCCCGUGUGGCAUUCGGACACGGCGAAACCGUAUCGGUGUGCGGAGAAUUUGAGGUUCUGGAUUAAAGCCGCCGAGUUGAGGUGGGAGGUCAAUCUUACGGUUGAUGUUAGGGGGGUAGUGGCGGGGACGGAGGAGGGCGCUUGGAGGGGGUUUGAGGGUGCGGUUUGGGAGUGGGUUGGGAGGGUUAGGGGGGAGUUGGGGGGGGAGAUUAGGGGAUGAUGUUUAUAUGUGGAUAUGUGGUUGAAUUUUACAAAUGUUGAAGAGGAGGAAGAGGUGGGGGUAGAUGAGCCGGCAUGGUCCCGUGCUCUCUCUCUCACACUUUCUUCUGUGGAUCGAAAGAGGUGAUGAGAUGAGAUGGGAUGCUGAUGGAGAUGGAUGGGGGGGGAUGUACAUAUACGAGCCAACAUACACACACACAAACGGAGGAGCCAGACUUCUAUUUUCGACGAUACCCAAGAUUGCUACCUAGCUAGUUAGAUCGCCUUACAUAUUGCCACUUCAAUCAAUGCUUGAUUACAUUCUCGCUCUCUCUCGUGGCAUCAUUUAGGUUAUAUAUAACUGGGUUUCUCUGGAAAUACUGAUUUAGCCAGGACAACGCCAAAUUCGUUCGACCAGUUCUCCGUGGUUCGGCAGAUGGACAAGACAGCGAAAGAUACGUCUUGCUGCGAAUACACGGUCCUGCGAUACAAUCUGUAUGUCACUCCUCGCGUCCUCCGUAAGGGUGGUGGGCAGAUUCCGGCGGUGACAGCAGACAUCAGCGGCGACGAGAAGGUGCGCGGAGGAUGACAGCAGCAGGUCCAUCUCUACCACGACACGCAACACCCACCUACGGCGCACACCCCAACGUUUUCGACAUGGACUUUUCUUUGCCUGGUUCAUUACAGAGGAGGUGAAAUUGGGAUGGAAUUCGAAAAUGGUCGUUGCGAUUGUUUUUUUUAUAGACGGAAGGUUGGUACGGAGAAAUCCCGAACGGAUAGCGAGCGUGGAUGUGGUUUGUGGUGGUUGCGUGAAUACUCAUGUUAGUUAGAUGAAGAUAACACUGAGACUAUCUUUACCUGUCUACCGGUG